AUGGAUUCAAAUAACGAUAUCAUUCAGCAACCUGAUACCUCUAACCCUGACCCUCAGACGUAUAAGAAUCAAGUCUAUAAAAUGGAAGAUAUGAAAAGUCCAGGUGACUAUGUUUUGAAGCCGGGGUUAAGAGGUUUAGGUAUGGUUAGAGUAGCUAAAAACAUUUCCCAGAAGACAACAGUAGAUAGGAUCAGAGAAAGCGGAAAACCAUACAGGAAGCUACCUAAUAUAGGUUCGAAUGUUAGGGGAGCAUCUUUAAUCAUAACCCUUAUUGGGGUGGUUUUCUCGUGUUUUGUCUCAAUAGUCAGUGCUACGGACAACACUUCACCUUUUCCGGUGAAGGUGUUGGGAAAUUCUAAGAAUUACUUUCAAGCUCAAGAUACAAGCAGUUCACACUAUGGAGCUAAAAGCUUCAGUGAUCCUUGGUUUCUCGAAGAGAAUCCUGAAAGGUUAGAUCUCUCCAAGACAUUGACAGGUUUAGUUAAGUUUACUAGGAACCAAACUACUGAUAAGAGGCAAGUGCAAGAGCCGGCAACAGAGAUAGACGGCUACGUGUGGCCACCUGAAAGUGGUUAUAUUGAUCCCCAAGAUAGUGAAGCCAUGUUGAAUAGGAUUUGGGGCAAUGAUAGAGUGUGGGUUGACCCUAGUGCUAAAUGGUCAUGGACAUGGGGUACAGUUACGUUUACCAUAGAAAACACAAAUAUGGAUACUGAUGGGUGCGACGGUGGUUUAGUCAUAACAGGAACACAGUUGUGGGACUACCUCUGGCGUUUACACACUGGAGGAGCUACCCAAGGUUUAAACUGUGCUGUGAGUUAUAUCCAUCCCAACAUAGGAACGACGUUGAGAGCAUCUGGAACUACAUUGCCAUCCUAUAGUGAAGCUUGUGAUGGUAUGGAUAUAGAACUAGAGGGGCCCCCUCAAGUAGAGACUCCGCCAUUAUACGGAUGGAUUAAUCAUCCGCCAGGAAGUUGGGGUUAUCAUGAUGAACUUUAG